AAGGAAAUUUUCACUGAAAUUAAUCAUAUUGUGUUUCUUUUCUCCCUACUCUCACUUGAUUUCCUGGCAAACCUGUGGUGGUCUUAAUAUGAUCAGCAACAGCAACUUCAGGCUCAACAUCUCUCUCAUGGUCAUGGACCUCCUGUGCCUCUCACUCCUCAUCCUUCAGGACUUCAGCCUCCAUCAAUCCCCUCACUUGGUAGCAGUGCAGGCCUUUUGACUCUAUCAAGUGUUUUGGGUGGACAGCCCCACCUUUCUAUGAAAGAUGAUAAGAAGCACCAUGAAUCCGACCACCACAGAGAGAGGGACCCAGGCACUAGCAAUUCCCUGUUGGUACCUGAUAGUCUGCGAGGCACUGAUAAGCGCAGGAAUGGACCUGAUUAUUCUAAUGAUGUGAAAAAGAGGAAGGUUGAUGAUAAGGACACCGUGAGCCACUAUGACAGUGACGGAGAUAAAAGUGAUGACAAUUUAGUAGUGGAUGUUUCUAAUGAGGACCCAUCAUCGCCACGAGGCAGUCCUGCCCACUCACCACGUGAAAAUGGCUUGGAUAAAUCUCGCUUACUCAAGAAGGAUGCUUCCAGUAGCCCAGCUUCCACAGCAUCUUCUGGCAGCUCCUCAUCUCUCAAAUCCAAAGAGCUAGGCCAUAACCAGUCCAGUUCAGUAUAUGGUCGACGGUAA